CUGGUUUCCAAGUUUGGAUUGAAGAGUGUGCUCUGCUUGUUGGAAGUGCCAAAGAACAAGCACUGAAUCAAUUCUCAGCAGAUGUGGAACCACUCAUGGGUCAGCUUUACUGGAUUUUCUGAGUCCUAUAAUGGUACCUUCAAAUUGACAGGACACACAGGUCUCUCUGCAAAGAAUGUGUCUUCUGCAUUCUUCAAUGGCGAGUUGGAGAACGAAAUGCGAGAACGUGGCCAUCUGGACAUGUUCCACAUGGUGAAAGUUGACAUGGACAAAGAUAAAGUUCUUGCUGAAGUUGAAAAGGUUGUGGACGUGUGUUUGCUAUUGAUGAGAUCUGGAAUUGCGAUUUCCUCAUUGUAUGCUCAAGUCAAGAGUCCAUCUUCAAAAGUACCGAUCCCAGGCCUUCCUGAUGUCUGCACCAAUCCUCCUGUUCAUGGACAGGCAUUCUGUUCUCCUCACUGUGAGGCAGUGGAGAAGACAAAUACACAAAGUGGACUUCAUGCAUUCCUCAAGCACUGCCGUGUUUCUGAUUCAACUUUCAAUGAUGUUGCGGCUGUCCUGUCAAAGUUGGAGCCAAGUUCCGGUGGAACCAGUGUUAUUGAAGCUCAAGCUGUUGGCAUGCACAACACAGGAGAGUUUACUGCUCUUGUUGAUGAAUUGAGUGAGUGGCUCAUCGGACAAGGCGUCACCAAUCUCUGGCGACUACAGUUUGAAGAAAAGGAGGCUGUGGUGAAGGAUCUCUUCGUGCACCACAUUUAUCAUCGCGUGCAGAGCUGUAUUCAGCAGUUCACAGAUGGCCUAGGACCUUUGUAUGGGGAAAUGAGGCGUCACCCCAAGGCACUUGGCAGCUUGUUUGUAGUGGACAACAAGCCACUUUCAUUGCCCUCUUUCAGGAAGCUGUAUGACAUCGAGUACUCAGCUCAAGGCUCCAACAACCGAAACAGAGAGGACACUAUAUAUUGCUGGGAACUCUUCCUACAACGUGCAGAAGAGAAAGAUGAAGUUACCCUCGAAAAAAUUCUAGAGUUCUGGACUGGAGCAGGGAAACCCCCACCUGCGGGUUUCAAUCACAAACUACACAUCCAGUUCUUUUCACAGGAGACAGGUGUUCGACGGCUGCCCUCAAGCAGUACCUGGGCAAUGGUACUAUGGUUGCCCCGGGGAGUUGAGGACCCACAACAGUUUCAAGCCAUGAUGACCAAUGCAAUCCUUGAAACCCAAGGGUUUGGGAAAAUGUAGAUCUACCCUUGACAUUCAAGGA